AGCCCAUUGUAACCAGGUACGAAGCCUUCACUACCUUCUCCGUCGGAGUGUCUCCAACCGCUACGGCGGUAGGCAGCCGAGAACGGCGGCACGAGCCCUAUGACCGCCAGCGUGUUUUGAGGCACAUGAGUGCAACGCAGGAGCGCGUCCAAGAUUCUGCCAACGUGCAUCAUGCGAAUGAUAUCAUCAGGCCAGCACGGCUAGUCCUUGAUCAUCAAGGUGCUGAUGGCCCGCCUCCGGUGACCAUGGUGGAACCCAGCGAAGGUGAGAGCAAGAGACCUCGUCUUGAGGAAACUCAGAAUCAAGAUAACGACAAUACUUCAAACUAUGACUUAAGCGAUUAUGAAGACAUUGAGUGUGAUGAAGCACCUUUCACAUCUGUGACCUACAAAAAGAAAAGAAGUGAAGGAAUCCCAGUGGUAUUCCGACCGUCAGAAGAAGGACACACUUUUUGGCAAGUGAAUCCGAAUCGUGUUUCCUCAGAAAUUGUGUCGGCGGCAAAGGAAAAAGUGCAGUCGUUCCGAGUAAACGGAGACGGCAGUUUCUCAGUGUCUGUUGCCUCAGUGGCAUCGGCGAAAAACCUGCUUUUACUACAGGAAGUAGCAGGACUACAAGUUAAGCCCUACAUACCGGCUUCGUACACUCGAAAUGUCGGGAAGAUUCAUCACGUGCCACUUCAAUACACUGAAGGACAACUGCUCGAGUUUUUGAAAGAUUUUGGAGUAAUAUCAGUCCGCCGCCAAGCAAGAUACUAUCGUUUGGAGGAUGGUACAGUUAAAUCCCGCUCUUUAUACAGUGUAAUCCUUCACUUCAGAGACGACAAGCCUAUGCCUCAGAGAAUCCACUUGGGGUUCACCAGCCACCCGGUGGAAGAGUACCUUGGUCCUGCGUUGAGGUGUUAUAAUUGUCAGAGGUUUGGACACCUGGCAAAAAACUGUCGCGGAUCACGUCGAUGUAAAAUCUGCUCCGAGAACCAUGAGCACACUGAAUGCAAGUCUGUACGACAGCCUAAAUGUGCAAAUUCUGCCUUUGUCAUUCCAGAAUGGAACCGAAUACAGACGUUUAAACUUUCUCACACGACAUCAUCAACUACAGCAGAGCUUUUUGCUAUAUUGUCUGUGUUACGAUACAUAAAUUCAACUCAAGAAGGGAACCAAUGGGUCAUCCUUUGUGACUCACAAGCAGCUUUGUCGUCACUUCAUGGUGGCAUCAGCAAUUCCCAAAACAUGGCGUUAGUUUAUGAGACACUAAAGGAGCUCACAAAGGCAAGUGAAAAAUCCCGCACAAUACUGUUCCAAUGGAUACCAGGGCACUGCAAUAUCCCAGGGAAUGUUGCAGCAGACAUGGCUGCUAGACAAGCGCAUAUUAAUACCGACACACACGGUCUCCCUCUAACGCAAGGAGAAUUGCAGCACAUACUAAGACAGAUCUCAGUCCGUGGUUGCAAAGCGACAUGGUUUGAUCAGAACUCGAAAUCUUCAGAUUUAUUUCACAUUGACCCUGCACUUCAAUUCAAAAUCCCGUCCACAUUAAAUACAACCAGAGCCUUCGAAACACUCAUUCACCGUCUGCGGCUCGGUACCGCGUACACAAAACAUUUUCUCCAAAAAAUUUCGAGAGCUGAUAGUCCGGAAUGUACUUGUGGCCACGCGGAUGAGGAUGUACAGCAUCUUCUGUUAGAAUGUCCGCGACACGAUACACACAGACAACGUUUAGCACGUUAUUUAGAGACAUUAGACCGCAGGCCCUUCAGCCUCAGGAAGAUAUUAGGUCCUUGGCCAACAUAUUCGUUGCAAAGACGAGCGUUAAUGGCCCUCCAAAGAUUUAUAGAAGCGAGCAAUAUUCUCGGAAACUAUUGAAAAGAGUGUUUACAUGUGAUAAACUCACUCUAUGGUCAAUUCGUACCUGGGUUCAUGUAGUUUCCUUUAAAUCGAAUCCAUGCUAUCUUAUGUGCCGUGAUUUUAGUAUAAUUACGUGACCGGACUUUGUGUUUACUUUAGUGCAGCUAUGUGACUGAACUUUGUGUGCCCUUUUUCUGAGUGGACUUUCAGUUUUAGUGUGACAUUAGUAUACUUAUGUGACUGGAUUUUGUGUUUAA